CUGUUUCUAACUGUUGCUCGCUGACACCAAAAAGAAUGUCUCGAAGUUGACCGACGUCUAUACCAUUGAUAAGUUGAGCUUGAGACUAUGGAUUACUGGAUGAAUAUAUAAGUUGUUCGCAUUACCUUCUAUUAGUGGUUGAAUGUCAGGCAUAGGGUCGAUGAACGUGAGACAGCAGCUCCCUUCAUGGCCGAGCGGAAUCAAAAAAGGACGGUCACUACGUUAUUACCUCAACUUUUUUUUUUUUGAAGGGUCUAAAGACACUGUCAUGAGCACCGAAGAACAAAGCCAUAUCCUCAACACCGAAGAGGUUCAGGAAGUUGAUGUCGAGGAGUAUACUGAGGAGGAGAAACAGCUUGGACAAGCCUUCAUUCAAGCCAUUAUAGAUGGUGAUCUGGAAAAAGCCAAGGCGUUGGAAAAGGAAGGAGCAGACCUUGUGUACAGAACAGAGCAAGGGCGAACGCCAUUGCAUUUCGCCGCAGAGCAUGGCAAGGCUGAUAUCGUCCAGUGGCUUCUAUCAGAACGUCAUCCCUACAACCUUGUUGACUUGAACGAAGUAACAGCUGGUGAAUUAGCUCUUCAAAAUGGUCAUGUUGAUAUUUAUGAGAUCUUAGUGGCGGAAGGCAGCCGAGCAGAAUUGAUCAUUCGUGCCUUGCAAGCUCAUUUUGCCAGCGAUGAAGAAAAAAAUCAAGUGGUGAAUGAAGAGUAUUUGAACCAGAAACUUCAUUACAGCGAUAACAAGCUUAUGGACGAGAAUGACGAUGCUGUUAUGAUGGGCUGGGAAGCUCCUUUGAUGGUCGAGCACGCCAAAGUCAUGUGUCCCAAAGAAGGUCUUGAUGUCCUCAAUGUCGGAUUCGGCCUUGGUUUGAUCGAUACCGAAUUGCAAAAAUAUAAACCUCGCCACCAUUUCAUUAUUGAAGCCCAUCCCGAUGUAUACGCUCACAUGAAAGAACUUGGUUGGGACAAGAAACCUGGAGUGACUAUUCUCUUUGGCAGAUGGCAAGAUGUUCUUCCCUCCAUGGAACAAUCUUUUGAUGGUAUUUUCUUCGAUACCUACGGGGAAUUCUAUGAUGAUCUUCAUAAUUUCCAUGAAGCUGUUCCAAAUAUUCUCAAUGAAGAUGGUAUCUACACAUGGUUCAAUGGCCUAGGAGCGACCAACCAGUUUUUCCACGACGUCUAUUGCCGUAUUUCAGAAAUUGACUUGCGUGAAAUGGGAUUAUCAACAGAAUACAUUGAAAUGAAAGUGUCGACAGCCGACGAAGAUGGUGUUUGGGAGAAUGUACGACAGCGUUACUGGGUGUUAGACACAUAUAAACUUCCCAUCUGCCGAUUUCUGACGCAGUAAUAGAAAUAGACUGACGGCUUUUUUUGUACAGUAAAAUUUUCCCUAUUCCACUGGAUUGUAUUAAUUUUUUGGGAUCCUGUGAUUGACAGGUCAAAGCUGAC